AUGAUCAACUCUCCUUUUUUUUGGGUGAAUAAUCAACUCUCCUUUCUUUUUCCUCAAGACACACCCUCAAUAAAUAUCAAGCCUCCUUCAUCCUUCAAUUCAUACCCACCACCAAAGUCUGCAUUGCUUUCUUUUUCACAGCACAAAUAAUUAGACCCUCUGCUGUAAGUUGAGAGAGAAUUAGACAUGGCAACAAGUGACAUAAAGCUUCUAGGUGCAUCGCCUAGCCCAUACGUGAACCGGGUUCAAAUUGCCCUUAAUUUGAAGUCCAUCAAAUACGAGUUUCUUGAAGAGAAAUUAGGUACCAAAAGCGAACUCCUCCUUAAAUCCAACCCGAUUCAUAAGAAAAUGCCGGUUCUCAUCCAUAGUGGCAAGUCUAUAUGUGAGUCUCUCAUCAUCAUUCAAUACAUUGAUGAGGUUUGGACCUCUGGUCCCUCUAUCCUCCCUUCUGAUCCCUAUGACGGUGCCCUUGCUCGCUUUUGGGCUGCCUAUCUUGAUGACAAG